GAACCGGAAACAGUAAAGUUGGUUGUUCAGUUGUGUUGAUUUCUAGAGAGAGGAGUUAAAGAAGACUUGACGUUUGGAUUAACCUAAACUGCCUUUUCAGAGUUAUUGUGCCCGUUUCACACCUUAAUUCAAAAGUCGAAGAAAUUCGUGGCAACCUGUGAAUUAGUCAAUGGGAAAAAUCUAACAAUGUUUAGCUUUGAGGGAGAUUUCAAGACAAGACCCAAGGUAUCACUUGGAGGAGCAAGUAAAAAGGAGGAGAAAGCCUCUCUGCUGCACCGCACUCAAGAAGAAAGAAGAAAAAGAGAGGAUGAAAGAAAACGACUGAAGAAUGCCAUUAUCAUUCAGUCCUACAUACGUGGCUACCAGGACUUAAAACGACAGUACGCCAUCCAGAGGGCCAGGUUUGACGAGUGUGUCAGCCAGACGCACGGAGGGGGAGCUCAGCAUGUCUUGGACGGUCCUGGUCUCUGCCUCUUAUCAAGACAACUCAUAUUUUUCUACAGACAGAGUGUGGAUGCACAUAAAUUGAUAUGGCUGUGCCAGAACCUGGUGAAACACAAUGGUCAGUUUGUUAAGCUGUUGGUGGGCCCACAGAGACAGACAUGUUUGUUUCAGAUCAAGAGGAUCUUAGGCUUCUGCUGCAGACUCCUACAGAAUUGCAAGGAUGACAGUUUAAAUGUGACUGUUCCCAUGCGCAUGCUAGACAUCUUUUCUUCAGAGAAAACCUAUCUUCCUGUUAUUCCAGACGCAAACUAUGUAGCUUCAUUACUCGAGCAGAUUUUGCACUAUAUGGUACAGACUGGAUACUACAGGUCGCUGUAUAUUCUUGUUAAUCACAGGCUCCCUUCUAGUCUGGAGUACAGUGACUCUCCCUCUAUCCCUAUGGCAAGCACACUGUUGGAGCACAUCCUCAAACCUCUGCACUUUUCCUACUCCUCCUGCACAACCGGCGCAAGGCAGUUUGUAUUUGCAGCCUUUACCGAGGAGUUUAUCUCUGCACCGUUCACCGAGCAGAUUUUUCAUUUCUUUAUCCCGGCGCUGUCGGACGUCCGUCUCUCGUUUCCAUUCGAGGCCUUCUUGAGCUCCCUUUGUGCCACCAUAGGUUCCUCCUCAGCAGCACAGAGCCGGGCACCGUGGGUGUUUUACUUUGUCCUUUCUGCAGGGGAGAACUGCUUAGGCUCACUGUCAGAGGAAGGUCUCCUGCUGUACCUUCGGGCUCUGCAGACACUACUGCCACUGCUGCCCGUGUCAGAAAGCAGCAGCAGGCCUGAAGUUACCAGUGACUCAGAGGAUGACGACGAGACUGGCAUCCAUCCACCACCCAAGCAGGAUGACAGCAGAAUCUCUGUGCAGCUGAUCACAGAAGAGUGUGUCCACAAACUGGACACUAAGCAUCAGACUAACGCCCUGUUGAACCUGGUGUGGAGGGAUUCGGCCAGCGAGGAGGUUUUCACCAUGAUGGCAUCCAUCUGUCACACGCUCAUGGUUCAGCAUCGCCUCAUGGUGCCAAAAGUCAGACUUUUGUACAGUUUAGCUUUCAAUGCACGUUUCCUGAGGCAUCUUUGGUACCUGAUAACUUCCAUGACAACAAAAAUGAUCACUGGCUCCAUGGUGCCGCUGCUACAGCUAAUCUCGCGAGGGUCUCCCAUGUCGUUUGAAGACUCCAACCGCAUCAUUCCCCUCUUCUAUCUCUUCAGCUCUCUCUUCUCCCACUCGCUUAUUUCUGUGCACGACAGCGAGUUUUUUGGGCAUGAACUGGAAGGUCAGACGCAGUCCUCCAUGAUGCCCUUCACGCUCUUAGAGCUGGUGACUCUAUCUCGCUGUCUGAGGGACGCGUGCCUGGGAAUCAUCAAGCUGGCUUACCCAGAGACCAAAACAGAGCAUCGCGAAGAGUACAUGGCUGCCUUCCGCAGUGUGGGUGUCAAGACAAACACUGCGGUACAGCAACGGAUCCAGGCUGAGCAGAAACGCUGGGUACAGCUCUUCAAGGUCAUCACUAACUUGGUGAAGAUGGUGAAAGCUCGCGACAUAAGACGACCCUUCUGUCCAGCAGGUCAUUGGCUUUCCGAGGAGGUCAACAUCCGUGCAGAUAAGGUCACCCAGUUGUAUGUCCCUUCUGCAAGACAUGUGUGGAGAACGCGAAGGAUGGGCCGCAUUGGACCACUUCAGUCAACACUUGAUGUUGGUUUAGAGCCGCCACAGCUUUCUGUGUCUGAAGAGAGACAUCUGGCCAUCCUCACUGAGCUCCCUUUCGUGGUUCCCUUCGAAGAGCGAGUCAAGAUAUUCCAGAGGUUAAUCUAUGCUGACAAACGGGACGUGCAGGGGGACGGGCCAUUCCCUGAUGGCAUCAGUGUCACCAUCAGACGCAACUACAUCUAUGAAGAUGCGUACGAUAAACUCUCUCCAGAAAAUGAACCGGACCUGAAGAAAAGGAUUAGAGUCCAUCUGCUGAAUGCUCACGGUCUGGAUGAGGCCGGCAUUGACGGUGGCGGCAUCUUUCGCGAGUUCCUCAAUGAGCUCCUCAAGUCUGGCUUCAAUCCCAACCAGGGCUUCUUCAAGACGACCAACGAGAGCCUGCUGUACCCAAACCCCGCUGCAGAGAUGCUGAUCGGAGACUCCUUCACGAGGCAUUACUAUUUUCUAGGCAGGAUCCUUGGAAAGGCGCUGUAUGAGAACAUGCUGGUGGAGUUGCCCUUUGCUAGUUUCUUCCUGUCCAAACUUUUGGGGACCAGUGCGGAAGUAGACAUCCACCACCUGGCAUCAUUGGACCCGGAGAUGUACCGCAAUCUCCUCUUCCUUAAGAGCUAUGAGGGUGACGUGGAGGAGCUGGGCCUCAACUUCACUGUGGUCAACAACGAUCUGGGAGAGGCUCAGGUGGUUGAGCUGAAGCUGGGAGGCAAAGACAUUCCUGUGACCACAGCAAACCGGAUAGCCUACAUCCAUUUGGUGGCCGAUUACAGACUGAACAAGCAGAUCCGGCCUCACUGCCUGGCCUUCAGACAGGGCCUGGCCAAUGUGGUCAACCUGGAGUGGCUGCGCAUGUUUGACCAGCAGGAGAUCCAGGUGCUGAUAUCUGGGGCUCAUGUGCCAAUUUGUCUUGAUGACCUUAAAAAUUUCACAAACUACUCAGGAGGGUACACGGCCACUCACCCAGUCAUCCAGAUAUUUUGGGAGGUGGUCGAAAGCUUCACAGACGAGGAAAAGCGCAAGCUGCUGAGGUUUGUCACCAGCUGCUCCAGACCUCCACUGCUGGGCUUCAAGGAGCUUUACCCGGCCUUCUGCAUCCACAAUGGCGGCAACGACCUGGAACGCCUGCCCACGGCCAGCACCUGCAUGAACCUGCUCAAGCUCCCGGAGUUCUGCGACCAGCACCUGAUGAGGAACAAGCUGUUGUACGCCAUUGAGUCCUCCGCCGGGUUUGAACUGAGCUGAGGAGGGCAGAACUUUGCAGUUUCCAUGGACUGAACGCCACACAGAAAUGAGGCAGACCUGCCUGAUUUACUCUUUGUGUGUG